GGAUAAGGAGAGGCUGGAGGAGUCCUGCUGGGGCAGGUGUGCUCGGAGGAGAGAGGGAAGAAGGUCAAACAAGUGAGUGAAGCAUGGGUGACUGGAGCUUUCUGGGGCGGCUGCUGGAGAACGCUCAGGAACACUCCACUGUGAUCGGAAAGGUUUGGCUGACCGUCCUCUUCAUCUUCCGCAUCUUGGUGCUGGGCGCAGCGGCUGAAGAAGUGUGGGGUGACGAGCAGUCGGACUUCACCUGCAACACGCAGCAGCCCGGCUGCGAGAACGUCUGCUACGACGAGGCCUUCCCCAUCUCUCAUAUGCGCUUCUGGGUGCUGCAGAUCAUCUUUGUGUCCACGCCCACCCUCAUCUACCUGGGACACGUGCUGCACAUCGUGCGCAUGGAGGAGAAGAGGCGGGAGCGGGAAGACGAGAACAGGAAGUUGGGGCGGCACCUGGAGGACCACGACCCCCUCUACCACAACGGCGACAGAGGUGGGGGGUGGAAGAAGGAGAAGCCCCCCAUUCGUGACGAGCACGGCAAAAUUCGCAUCCGCGGGGCGUUGCUGAGGACCUACAUCUUCAACAUCAUUUUUAAGACCCUGUUUGAGGUGGGCUUCAUCCUGGGACAGUACUUCCUGUAUGGCUUCCACUUGAGACCACUCUACAAGUGUCGCCGCUGGCCCUGUCCCAACACUGUGGACUGCUUUAUAUCAAGGCCUACCGAGAAGACCAUAUUUAUCAUCUUCAUGUUGGCGGUGGCUUGCGUUUCCCUCCUCCUCAACCUGCUGGAGAUCUACCACCUGGGUUGGAAGAAAGUCAAGCAGGGUGUCACCAAUGAGUUUGCCGUCGACAACGAGUCACUCCUGCUGGGUGCGGUACGAGCUGGCGCUGCCAAAACUCUUCCCGAGGAGGUCAGUCCAGCACUCGACUGUUUGCCCACGUACACGAGCGUGAGUGUGGUCGGGGGCAGUGAGGCUGAGGGGGGCGCUGACAGUCCGACUGAGGUGAUCUCCUUAAGUCCCAAUAUGACAACCAGUUCUGUCAAGUUGGCCCGCGCACUGUUCCACCCAAAUGACCUCCUGUUGCAGUCCUUCUACAGUGGCAGCCACAGCCAGCUGUCGGCGGAGGAGCAGAACUGGAGCAACAUGGCGCUGGAGAUAAAUGACGCCGAUGGGAAAAACUCCCCCAGCUCAUACCCUCCUACCUCGCCACGGAGCUCAUCUUCCUCCUCGCAUCAGGAGGAGAAGACUCCACCUUCUCCUCAAGAGGUGCAACACUCCACCUUUCCUACACUUCCUUGCCACGCCCGUCUUUACCUUCUCUCGCUAGAGGAGGCCUUGGCAAGCAAGGAGAAUGUGCUUCCAAGUGAUCACCUUACCGUGGUAACCAAAGCCGAGAUGCAUCAACCCCCCGACUUACAGAAACCGAGGAGCAGCAUCACCCGGGCUCGCCCCGAUGACCUGGCAGUGUAGCGAGAGUUAACAAACACAACAUAUAUUUGGGUACAAGUACACAACGGUGUUCAUCACCUCAUUGGUGCCACACAUUCAUUUUAGACAGAGCUACACAUAGUAAUACUCAUUAAACCUCCACAAAAGUCGGGUCAUUGGAUCAGUACCAAAUUGUCCACUUUCAUUGAUAACCACCUCCUAAAAUAUACCUGAAGUUUUCCUGCAUUAAUUAUACAUGUUCAGAAAAAUACCUUCUUUCAUAUAAGUCGAGUAAUCAUGUUUUAUAAUCCUGCUAACAAAAGUACAACAAUGAGAACAUACCCCCCUUGGUCAAGGUAACUAAUACUUUGUGGUUACGGUUAUUUGAUCCCCUGAAUUAGUAAGUUUACUCUCUUACAAAUAUAUAAUCAGUACUUGGUAUUUAUGAUCAUUUUUUUCUAAACAAAGACAAUGAAAAUAAUAAUAAUAAAAACAAGUUGUAAAUUGGUGAGUCUUUGGUUUAGGCUCAUAAGUAUUUGUUUCCAAUGCAAAAGGUGACACUACCUGGUAUAAAAAGUAUUCUAGCACAUAUAUCAGAUGAUUCUUGUAUUUGUAGGACUUGUAGAAGACCACUUGACGUUUGUUGUCGUUGCGGUACAUGUACAAGUGAACAUGUAGUUUAUUGUCGUAGUUGUUAGGAAUGGGUCAAGGAGGUGACCCCAGGAUGCAGGGUGGAAUUACAGAAAGCGAAACUUUAACAAGUCCAAAAAGUGUAACUAAAGGGUAUAGGGCAGAAGUGCACACCAUGAAUAAGCAGAGAAAAGCAGGUCGGCAGGGGAAAAGGCCAGGGCGCACUGAGCUCAACCAAAGGCCCAACAGAAAAUCCUCUUUACCUCAGGGAGGAUAGGAAGCAAACACAAAGAGGUGAGGAAUUUCAGGAAUAAGGAGAAACAACAUACCAGGCAGGACGAAGUGAAUCAGGCACAUGCGCGUGGGAGAUACAGGUGACAAUAACUAGCAGGACCCAGCUGUCGGUGACAAUCUUAAAUACACCUGGGUAGGGAUUUGUUGCAGGUGUGCCUCGCUGGGGACUAAAUAACAGAAGAAAACAGACACCAUAAAAAAAAGAGAAGGCAGGGAAAUGACAAUACACAACAGUAGUAGUGCAUUUGUAGUUUUGUGAAAUUGUAGUACAAGUAGUAGUGUACAGUACUUGUAGUUUCUUGCAGUUGUAGUACUUGUAGUAGUGCAUUUGUAAUUUGUUGUAGUUGGUCAGCAGGGUUGCAAACUUGUAAGGAGGGAUUUUGGU